AUGGCACCGAUGGUACAGGACCCCGAUACUUAUGUGCAGAUCGUUCGAGCAUCUCCUCCUCCAGGCUCACCAUACUCCCUUGCGAUACCCGGCAGUGCGCGCGAAGGUCGCAGUGGUGUUUACAGGCAUUAUCAAUUUGUGGACAAGCCAUUACUACAAACAAUCGAUCAGGAAUGCUUGACCAGUCAUGAUUUCUUUGAGAAAACCGUGAGAAAGAGGCCAAGUGCGAGAUGUUUGGGCCACAGACCUUGGGAUCCAGUUACAAAGACUUAUGGCAACUAUCAAUGGAUAACAUAUGCGGAAACGGCGGAGCGCAGGAAGAAUUUCGGUGUGGGAUUGGUAGAGCUUCAUAAGAGGGCGGGAAUCACAGAUGACAAGUAUGGUGUGGGUCUUUGGUGUCAAAAUCGUCCGGAAUGGCAAAUUGUUGAUCUGGGAGCCAUGUCACAAUCCAUAUUUACGGUUUCCAUCUACGAUACUCUUGGGCCAGAUACCACGGAAUACAUUGUCAACCAUGCGACGCUCGGUUGUGUGUGCACGAGUUUACAACAUAUUCCUACGUUGUUGAAGUUGGCGCCCAAAAUACCUACAUUGAAGCUUAUCAUUUGUCUUGAUCCUUUGGAUGAAGGGGAGAGGCCUGGAACCUCGAAAGGUGCAAUCUUGAAUGCUCUUGCGGCCGAAGCUGGAAUCGCUAUUCAUUAUAUUGGCGAUGUUGAGGCUAUUGGAGCCGCGUCUCCAAACUCUCCGAUGAACCCACCUCGACCGGAUGAUAUCGUCACUAUCAACUAUACCUCUGGAACGACUGGUAAUCCGAAGGGGGUGGUUCUUACCCACGCAAACGCCGUUGCAGCAACUUCCAUAUCAAGAAUUGUCUCUGAUCCAUGGCCCAACGAUGUUCUUUGUUCUUACCUCCCAUUAGCACACAUCUACCAACGGCUUGCCGAACAUGGCUGUCUUGCGGUGGGAUCUGCCAUUGGAUAUUUCCGUGGUGAUAUUGUCGGACUUGUGGACGACUUGAAGCUUCUCCGCCCAACGAGUUUCAACUCUGUUCCUCGCCUCUACAAUCGAUUCGGAUCCGCCAUUAGAGCCGCAACUAUCGAUGCUCCAGGUGUUAAGGGCACAAUCGGUCGUCACAUCAUCAAUACCAAGCUCGCAUCGAUGAAACUCCCACCAGGACAAGCUACAAACAAACAUGCACUCUAUGAUCGUAUCUGGACUCCUAAACUAGCCAGCGCUUUUGGUCUACAAAGAGCUCGUGGUAUGGUCAGUGGAAGUGCUCCAAUUGAUCCAGGACUUCAUCAAUUUCUCCGUGCUGCAUUCGGCGCCAGAUUCAUCCAAGGUUAUGGUCUUACAGAAACCUAUGCACAUGGUCUUGUACAAUAUGAUGAUGAUUACUCAACUGGCAAUUGCGGAGGAGUAAGCGCUUCCAUGGAAGUCUGCCUCGAAUCCGUCCCUGACAUGGAAUACCUCGCCACCGACAGCCCCAACCCUCGCGGCGAAAUUCUCCUUCGAGGUACAGGUCGUUUCCGCGAAUAUUACCGCGACGAAGUUGAAACCUCCAAAGCUCUCGACGCAGACGGCUGGUUCCAUACCGGAGAUAUCGGCGAAGUCGACAGCAUGGGCCGCUUCAAAAUCAUCGAUCGUCGCAAGAACGUGCUCAAACUCGCUCAGGGUGAAUACAUCUCCCCCGAACGCAUUGAAAAUGUGUAUCUCGCCAAUUGUUCUCUCCUCGCUCAAGGCUAUGUGCACGGUGAUUCUACACAGGCAUUUCUAGUUGCCAUAUUUGGAGUUGAUCCCGUCACUUUUGCGCCAUGGGCUAGCAAGAUUCUAGGAAGAGAAAUCAAGAGUGAUGACAUAGAGGGCAUAAAAGAAGCAGGAAAGGACAAGAGGGUGCGCAUGCAGCUUGUAAAGGUGCUGGAUGGCGUGGGGAGGAAGAGUAAGUUUAAUAAUUAUGAAAAGGUGAAGAAUGUCCAUUUGGAUGUGGAGCCAUUUACGAUUGAUAAUGAACUUUUAACUCCGACACUCAAACUCAAACGUCCCCAAACGGCAAAGAAAUUUAGAGCACAUAUCGAUCGGAUGUACGAGGAAGCUUUGGCUGAUGAAUCGCCAAGGGCGAAAUUGUAG